ACAAUGGGUAGUUGGCGACAUGGAAAACUAGUCUGUUUUUGUUCUUUGGUCGGGUUUUCGGUCGUAACUUUUUUGUUUGGGGCUGCAUUUUAGUGUAAUUUCACAGAGCUACGAGGGAUAAGCGGAAGAUAACGUGUGAGAAAUAUCGUCGCAGUUCGUUAAUUUUUUCGGCAUUAAUUUAAUCGAUGAAGUUGAUGGUCGCAAAUAGGUCGUGGCCGCAAUGUGGGUAAGCCACCCUUAUAAAAAAUAUUGCUGUAUCGAGCACAUUACUGCAUUAAUUCAAUUAUCAUCACAGUCCUGCGGUCAGGGAUGUCUUGCAGAAUGGUUUUUUAGCCACCCUUUUUGUAAAUACUAUUUCACAAUUACAGAAUUAGUCUAUUUAAGGCCAAGACUGCGAAAGAUGCUUUCAAGGGUUUCUGUACCAAUGUUCAAAGUUUCAAAUUUUAUAUUUAUCAUUUUAUUUCAAUUUUCAACAAAGCCAUCAUUGUUUAAUAAUAAUAGUAGUUUUUACAAAGAUGGCGGAAUUGGAUGCAGAUGAUCCGACUGAGGAGUUAUAUCCAAAAGAAGUUCAAGAAUUGCUUGAAACGAUUGUUCAGAGUGAUGAUCCACUUCAACAUGCUAAUUUUGACGUCAUUGAUUAUAUCAAUAAAUUAUUUCCCACUGAGCAAUCUUUGUCGAACAUUGAUGAUGUUGUUGGAAAUAUCGAGAGUCAAAUUCAAGAUCUUGAUGAAGACAUACGACAUGCAAUUCACGCACAAACUCAUGCUGUUGUAGAAGGUGAGGAAGCGUUAGAAGAAGCACAAAAAUCAAUUCAAGAUCUUUUCGUUAUGAUAAAAAACAUAAAGGAUCGCGCAGAACAGUCUGAAGAAACUGUUAAAGAAAUAACAAGAGAUAUAAAGCAAUUGGACACUGCGAAACGUAAUUUAACUAGUUCAAUAACAACGUUGAAUCAUUUGCACAUGCUGACAGGCGGUGUGGAAACUCUAGUCGGCUUAUCACAAAAACGACGGUACGGAGAAGCCGCUAGUCUUCUUGAAGGUGUUCUAAAUGUGCUGGAACAUUUUAAAAAUUAUCAUUCUAUUCCUGCUGUCAAAGAUCUUGUAAACAAGGUAGAUGAUAUCAAAUCUACUUUGACUCAGCAAAUAUUUGCGGAUUUUGAACAUGCUUUUGAAAAUAAAUCUGGUGGUAGACCUAAUGUUAAUAUAGCUCUGUUGAGCGAAGCCUGCCUAGUUGCCAAUGCACUUGGAGGUAAUGUGAAAAAUGAACUUAUCAAAAAGUUUGUGAAAAGUCAGUUGGCAGAGUAUAAUGUUCUAUUUGAGGCUUCUCAAGAUUGUGCCUGGCUUGAUAAGAUCGAUCGCAGAUAUGCAUGGAUAAAACGUGCUUUGAUGGAUUUUGAAGAAAGAUAUGUGAAACUAUUCCCACAGAACUGGGAGGUAUCGGAAUGCAUUGCAGUUCAGUUUUGCUACAUAACAAACCGAGAGCUUGGUAAUAUCAUGAAAACUAGAUCCAAUGAAAUUGACGUCAAAUUACUUCUUUUUGCCAUUCAACGAACAACAAAUUUUGAAACUUUGCUGAGUAAGCGGCUUUCGGGAAUUACAUUGAAGGAAAAUAAAACAAUUACCAAGCUAACAACAAAAGAACCUGUGGAUAUAGAUCCAUCCAAUCCAUUUUAUGAAGAGGUGGUGAAAGAAAUGAACAGUGAAGCUGAAGAGAAUCCCAAAGAAUCAAAACCUGCUGAUCCACCUUCAAAAAUAGAAAAUCCGUUCAUGGGUUUGAUAUCAAAAUGCUUUGAAUCACAUCUUGAUGUCUAUAUUCAGUCUCAGGACCGUAACCUAGCUGAGCUCAUUUCCAAAUUUCAGCAGGAUUUCCAAGAACAUCAAGCCCAAGCAAAACAGUCGAUUGUGGCUGGUGCUGCUAUGCAAUGUGAAGUCUUGCCCACAUGUGCAGAUUUAUUUGUUUAUUAUAAAAAAUGCAUGGUACAAUGUUCUCAAUUAAGCACAGGUGAACCAAUGGUUUCUUUGACACAUCUUUUUCAAAAAUAUCUGAGAGAAUAUGCUACAAAACUGCUUUCAAACAACUUGCCAAAGUUAUCAGCUGCUCCUACUUCAAGCGUCAGUAUGCCAGGGAAUAUCACAUUCUCUUCAGUCACAAAUUUAAUCAAAGAGACAACAUCCAGUCUAAAAGAAGGGUCGUCUCCUGAAACUCAUAAGUUAAACACUCAAGAGUUGUGUGUAACCUGUUCUAUGUUGUGCACUGCGGAUUAUUGUCUUGAAACGACUCAACAACUGCAAGAAAAAUUACGACAAAAAGUGGAUACCGAUCUCGUUAAAAAAGUAGAUUUAUCAGGUGAAUGUGACACGUUCAGCACUGUUGUUACAAGUUGCAUUCAGUUAUUAGUGCAUGAUCUUAUUGCAUCGUGUGACCCCGCUUUCUAUGCGAUGUCAAAAGUAUCGUGGAUGUCUGUGGAGCAAGUCGGUGAUCAGAGUAGUUAUGUCACGGCAAUUACGUCUCAUGUGAAGCAAUCCGUUCCACAGAUUCGUGAUAACCUUUCAUCUGUAAGAAAAUAUUUCACGCAAUUUUGCAUGAAGUUUGCAAAUAAUUUCAUACCUCGAUUUGUUAGUUCUUUAUACAAAUGUAAGCCUAUUGGAACAGUUGGAACAGAGCAAUUACUUCUUGAUGCUCAUUCUUUAAAAACACUUUUACUUGAUUUGCCUUCAAUUGGAUCUCAAAUUAGCAGAAAAGCACCUUCAUCGUAUACAAAAAUUGUAAUCAAAGGAAUGACAAAGGCAGAAAUGCUUCUCAAAGUGGUGAUGUAUCCACAUGAUCCAGCAGAUGCAUUUGUAGCUAACUAUAGCAGACUGUUAUCUUCUGCAGAAGCCGAUACCUUCCAGAAAGUUUUAGAAAUGAAGGGGUUAAAACGUUCAGAACAAGCUCCCUUGUUGGAAAUAUUCUGGCGAAAACAACCUGUUCCUACUGAUACUACUACUCUACCACAAGGUGGUGCUACAAAUUCACAUGUUGCUUCUUCAAUUCUUGGAAGUUUAGCCGAUCUGGAUUCAAAUUCGAGAAUCAGAAAGUUGGAGAAGUUAAUCAAGAAGAGAUUGUAAAAUUGUUUGAAUUUGAAAAUAACUAGUUACUGUCAGAUUUUAAUAGUUAAUUAUAUCAAUCAUAAUGGAAAUCGAUAUUCUCUCCAAUGAAAUAAUAUUUUAGAAUUUAUUCAAUUAUAUAAAACCCUUUAUUUAAUUAAACGGUGUUAUCUUAUUUAACAUUCCAUUUUUAUCUUGAAUUAACAUAAAAGGAUGGAACGAAUUUUUAUUGAAUUUAGUGAACAACAUGCUUUUUCCAAUAUUUGAUUGUUAUGAAAAAUAUCUUGUCGUUCGGGUGAACUAUGCAGCAAAUGCAACUUAAGUCAAAUUCAGUAAAGUUCACAACUUAGUUUUGUUGCAAAUUUUGGGUUAGAAAAAUUAACUUUGCUGGUAGGAGUUUUCUCAAAAACGCAUAAUUUUUCUCUUGAUUGUGAAACAUAUAGUGGUAUCCUGUCUAUGAAUUUGUUAUGGUUGUUAAUGGUCAACUUGUUCAGAAAUUCCAAUGGCUGGUUUUCUGUGAUGAUAUUUCUUGUCGUGUCAUACACUAUUAUGUUGUAUGUGUUUCAAUUUAUUGCCAAGUUACGGUGCUGUCAUAUACUAUAUAAUGUCCUUUAUAUAUAUUAUUGAGUUUAUAGCUAUCAUAGUUCUUGCAGAUAUGGUCUGCUUGUUUGUGGUAUAAAUUAGACUAGCCAAAAUAAUAUAGGUCCAAUAAACUUAAAAAUAAUAGUCAAGAAUUUUAAAAUUCUAAAUGUUCCAAUUCCAAGAUGAAAUGUAUGUGUAUCAUCUUGAAUCAUUUACCGAAACACUCAGCAAUAAAUUCAAACCCAUGGCCCCAUGUAAAGUUAAUAUGAUUUUUUCUCGAUGCUUUAUUAACUUAACCGUAUAAGCACUAUAUGGCUGUGUGCAAUUCAAUGUUAUUUCUGUCGUAGUCUCAUAAUAUAAUAAUAUUAGAAUAAUAAUGUGAAAUCUUUUUACAG